CUACUACAUUUGUUAUAAAAUCGUGUAAAAAAUUAAUAAAAUAAUACUAAGAUGAAUAACGUAAACUUACAUAAUGUUAUUAUAAAAACUACUCAUUUACCAAUAACAGACAAAGAAGAAGAUUUUAUUCAAUUUAAUAAACCUGACACAUCUUGGUUUGACCAUAACAAUACUUUAAACAAUGUUAAAGAACCACAAAUUGUAAAGUUAUUGGAAGAAAAUACUAUAUUUAAGUCAAAUGAUAAUAAUUUGCUAUAUGAUAUAAAUGAAAAUGAAAUCUUGUCUUCUAUAAAAGCUGUAAAUCGUGGAAUUAGUUACUCUAAUACAUUUCUAGAACGCCAGUGGAGAUUAAAACAAAUGAACCAAAAUUUCUGUACAGAAAAGAUUAACGCCAAUAAGUCAAGCUGUAAGUCAUACUCUAGUCUUAGCAAUAAUGCCGAGCCAUCGAAUAUACAAAACACAGGACUAUCAAAUGUACAAAAUAGUAAUACAAACCAAGUAAAGAAAAGGACAGAAGAUAUUGAAGAUUUUAAUUCUGUUCAAGAAAUUUUAAGGCAGUGUAAACUCUCAAAAAAUGCUUUAAUCUUAGGACUUUUGAACAAUAAACAAAUAACAAUAAAUGAUUUACAAAAGCCUAAAAAACAAAUUGUAGAAUAUAGAACAUUCUACGAUCAAUUUAAUUACAAGACUGAAGAUAUGACUGCUGGAUAUCAUCUAGUACAGCUUCCAGAUGAUCCAGACAUAUAUUUGCAUCCAUUACAACUAAUGAAUAAUUCAAAAAAGCAUACUGAUGUAGAGAUAUUCGGAGUAAAGAAAACAUUUACCGCAAAACAAUAUUAUAUUAAUAAUGCUAACCGGGUGUCAUUUGAGUUUGCAAAAAGAAAUGUUGAAAAGAAAUAAUUGUUAUAAGUAAACCUUAAUCAAAAAAUACAUUCAUAAAUUUAUAAUUAAAUAUGCUUAUUUGUCUAAGAAUAUUAAAUAUAAUAAAAAUGAUAUUGUAAAAAUAAUCACGCGAAAUUUAUAAUGUACGAAAUGUGAUAUUAAAAAGUUAGAUAUUAGAACUUAUAUUACUAAGUAACUAUUAAUAUAAAUAAGACUAAUGAGAAGACAACAAAAUUUUUUUAAAUUAUAACCAUUUGUAAGCUAAAUAUGUUUUAGAAAUUAUAUUUGAUGAUUGUGAUACAAUAAUUUAUCCAUGUGGACGCGAAGACAAUGUAAUACAAAUAAUGAAAUAAAUAAUAAACUCUAUUACUCCUUUAA